GUUUGGGGGAGAAAUUACGCGAGCGCUGCUAGUGUUGUGCCGGAGGACGAUCGAAAACACAACACACGCGCCCCCGUCGUUCACCUUCAAAAAAGGAUUCUCAUCGCUUCUCCACCUGCGUGUGAAUGCGCUUCAUAUUCGGAACCAGCCGGCUGCUCCUCCGUCGUGUCUAUGGGAUCCGUGGGUGCAUUGCUGGCCUCGCGAUAGGAAAUAGCGGGCAGGGCGGCCUCCUGAUCAUCAUUUGUUUCGCCGAUUUACCAGGAGAAACGUCAUCGUGCGGAAAAUGGAUUAAAAGACGACUGGAUGAAUAGUCAUCUGAGAGGUUCCCAAUGUUGAACAUGUCCACCCCCAGUGAGCUGAAGUCUCCCUGCGUGACUCGCAACGGCAUGGUGAAGCUGCCCCCCAGCCAGCCCAACGGUCUGGGCAGUGCCAGUAUCACCAAGGGCACCCCUGCUGCCAAGAACCGCCUGUGCCAGUCCUCCUCGGUUCCCUCCAUACUGCCUCCUCCACCAUCCUCCCAUCCCUACCACCACCACCACCACUUGGACAACACGGUCAUGGCGCAUUCGGCGGCCUCCAUUCUCGGUUGCGACCUGGAACCCGGGAAGCAGCUCGUAGGUCUCAAGUCGGCCCUACGCCAACUGCCCCCGCUCACUCUACCCAAACCCAUCCUGCUGGAGCGCCAGCUUGUCUUGGAUGAGAAGCUGUUAAAUCGACUACUCUGGUACUUCACCACGGCUGAAAAGUGCGUGCUGGCGCAGGUAUGCAAGACAUGGCGUAAGGUGCUGUACCAGCCCAAGUUCUGGGAAGGCGUCACACCCAUAUUGCACGCCAAGGAGCUUUAUACCCUCUUGCCCAACGGAGACAAGGAGUUUGUCAGUCUUCAGGCCUUCGCCCUACGUGGAUUCCAGUCUUUUUGCUUAGUGGGGGUGUCAGACCUGGACAUUUGCGAGUUCAUUGAUAACUACCCCCUCUCCAAGAAGGGUGUACGUUCAGUCAGCCUCAAGAGGUCCACCAUCACCGACGCGGGGUUAGAGGUGAUGUUGGAGCAGAUGCAGGGUCUGAUGCAUCUGGAGCUGUCAGGAUGCAACGACUUCACGGAAGCCGGCCUGUGGUCCAGUCUAAACGCCCGCUUAACAUCGCUCAGUGUCAGCGACUGCAUCAAUGUCGCGGAUGACGCCAUCGCUGCCAUCUCGCAGCUCCUACCCAAUUUAUCGGAGCUGAGCCUGCAGGCCUAUCAUGUGACUGACACAGCCAUGGCCUACUUCACUGCCAAACAGGGCUACACCACCCACACUCUGCGGCUUCACUCGUGUUGGGAGAUCACCAAUCACGGCGUGGUAAAUAUGGUGCACAGCCUUCCCAACUUGACGGCACUCAGCCUUUCCGGCUGCUCCAAAAUCACCGACGACGGUGUGGAGCUAGUGGCGGAGAACCUGCGGAAGCUCCGCAGCUUGGACUUGUCAUGGUGUCCCCGAAUCACCGACAUGGCCCUGGAGUACAUUGCCUGUGACUUGCAUAAAUUGGAGGAACUAGUCCUUGACAGGUGUGUACGGAUCACCGACACAGGUCUGGGCUAUUUGUCCACAAUGUCAUCAUUGCGGAGCCUCUAUCUGCGCUGGUGUUGUCAGGUGCAGGAUUUUGGUCUGCAGCAUUUGUUUGGAAUGAGGAGCCUUCGUCUACUCUCUCUAGCAGGUUGCCCCCUACUGACCACCACCGGCCUAUCGGGCCUCAUUCAGCUGCAGGAUCUGGAGGAGCUGGAGCUGACCAACUGCCCGGGAGCCACCGCCGAGCUCUUCAAUUACUACUCUCAACACCUGCCGCGCUGCAUGGUUAUCGAAUAAAAACCACCACCCCACCCUGGGCAACCAACCGCAAUACUUCCACCUUCCGCCUCGUUACUCUUCCUCACUCUCGUCAAAUGCCAGCCAGGAUACAGAACAUUGCUCCUCAUCUCCUGGCACCUCCACCCCACCCGGCCCAUCUUCUUCCACACCCCGUUGAGUUUUGGCAGGAGGACUGAGAGGAGGGGAAGACAAGCGGGCGCUCCACGAGCGGAUGGGGUUCGUCGGGCGAAGGAGAUCCCGCGGCUUGCUAUGACGUCUUGUCUGGCCAUCAAUUUCUUUUUGGAAGGAGGUUUCAGACAAUAAACUUGGAUGCAGCUGUGACAAAGUGGUAUUAGAAAAACACAAAUACUGACUUUUUGCGUUCCUGUUUUGGUGGAACUCACACGUGCUUAUUAUACACUUUAACCACACUCACACAGUGUAUGUGGUCAGCGAAACAAGACCAUGAGUACUAACCGAUUUUUUUUCAUCACUAUGUAAAAUAGUCAUUUUUUUUCCCUCCAAGCUUCAGUGUUCCGACACAAACCAGCCGGUGAUGAAAUCCGACGUCUCGGAUGGAACUUCUCUUUUUUCCUCCCUCUUUGUGCGUGUGAUGUGUGUGUCAUGAUUCCAUAGGUUCCUUUUUUUUUUUUCAGGGGGGGGGAUACCACCACCUCUUUUUUUCAUGAAACAUUUGCAAAAACAACUGUUUACAUCGUUUGUCAUUUUUGUCGGACUUGCUUUCGCAUUUCCUCACUUUUUCUUUUUCGCAAGACGGUGAAAUUCUAGUUGGAGAUGAGACGCUGUUGUACACUAUCGCUUUUGUGUCUUUAAAAGUGAGUCGGAGAAGCAGUGAAGAAAGAGUUUAACUUUUUUGCUGGAGAAAUUUUACUGACGGUUAAGUGCUUUUUGCCUUGAAAGGUUUCACGCUCGCAAGGCUGUUGGCUGCCUUGAAAUGUUUCAGUCGGAUGACAAAAGGGUCGAUUUCAAGUAUUUCCGGAGUGGAGGGAUGUUGAAUUUUGGAACUUCACUUCAAAUUGUGGUUGAAAUACAUUGAUGGUUUAGUCUUUCUAUUUGCAAGUGUGUGUUUCAAGAGGUGAACAUGAAUUGUGGACACCCCCCCCCCCCUCCGCAGGGUCAGAUAACUUUACGUAAAGUCAGGGGAUUUCAAUACAGUAUUUAUUAACUCCGUCGAGGAGGAUUUUUUGAUUUGGGGUGCUGUUCUGUCAGCGGGCUCACUCACAAAUUACCCGACAAAUUUUAAGACGACAUGCUCUUAAGGCAUAUCCAUGAAAAUAUCAAGAACUAGUCAAGGUCAAGAGAAUAAAACAACAUUGAAACUCACAAAUGGAGUAAAUUAGCUUAACCAGAGUUAAAGACAAAUUUACAGAUGCCUUUUAUGUUAUAGCUUGGAGUCAAAAAUUGUCAAUGACCGAGUUCAGAUAAACCACAACCAAAGAGUGAACACACAAUGAAUUCCCAAAAUAGAUUAGUUCCAGUCUGCUCUCAAAAAACUAAAUAUGUAUACUAUUUGAAUACGUUAUAAAAGCCACUUGCUGUCGAGUGAAAAUGACAUCACGGUUGACAGGUCUCAGGUCACAACCAAUCACGGCUUAGCUUCAGAAAACUGCCGAGCUGUGAUUAGACAAAAACUGGUGGAGUUUGUCUUUUUAAUUCAUAUUCUACAAAUUAAACAUGAUUGAGAACACGGUGUUUCAAUUAGUUGGGCUACACGGAACAUAUUACCAAAAAAAAAAAAGAGGUUGACAUCCUCUUUAAGUUGGUGGACUUUAUGUGGUUGUUUUAAAUAAACAAAAUAUAACUCUCUUAAUUUUAGGUUUAGUUUGAAAUUGAAAUUCAACUGGGAGUAGAAUGAAGGAAGAAUUUUGCAAACAAUUCAAAGCCCCUCAAAAGAAUCUGUGAAAAACCGCUGCAAUGCAACAAGUUGGUAAUGCAGGAAAACCAUAAAAAGGCAUCUGGUAAUUUGUCGGACUGAAAAAUAUUGCUCCUCGAAAAUCAAAGCAUUUCAAAGGGAAUAUUUAUUUUUAUAGCAUUGGUUUGAUAUUACAAGGAGAUUUAAGAUGCCUGACAGUGAGCCACACGGCUACUUUUUUUUUUUUUUUUUUUUUGCUUGUAAUGUGUCAUCCGACGUGCUUACUGCCAACUGGAAGGACUGGCUGAGUAAAAGUCAGUGUUAGGUUGUGCCAAAUGAAUCUGCAGCACCAUGCGUUGCUGCUUUGCCUCAUACGUGGACUGUACAGGGGCGGACGAUGCAUGUUUUUAGUUGCUCUGCUUCUAUAUUUCAAGAAGGCUGUCCCUUCAUUUCUUCAUUGUACAUAUUUAUUUAUCUAUUUAUUUAAAUUAAUUUGGGUCUCACCUAUAUGGUUUAUUUAUUGAGAGACAUUGCUUCAAAUCUGCGAUGAUUGCUGUUUUAGAUUUCAUUUCCCCAUCCGGCAUUUCAACCCGUAAAAUAAAUAUUUGACCUAGUGCUAACAUUCACUGUCAUCGCUGUCUUGAAUGUGGCAGGAAAAAAAAAAAAGUGUCUGAUAUUUACCUUUGUUAUGGCUAACAAAUGUUUACACUAUACUACUAUUGAAUAAUUAAGGGCGAAAUUUAUGAUUUGGUCAUGCAAAAUGAAUUCUAUGGAAGCUUAUUCAUGACAAGAAAUGUUUUAAUCUUGACCAGAACUAAUUUGUGAUGUGUGUUUAUCAUGUCAUCAUGAGUAUGACAGGAUAUUAAUCAAAGGAUUUUAAUAACUGUUAUCUAUUUGGUGUUU